CUAGAGCUUGACUGUAAUGGUGCCAAUUUACGCGUUGUCCCUUCAGUCUCUUCAAAUGUGACUAUGAUGUCCCUUCAAUAUAAUCUGUUACGAAAGCUUUCAACUGAUGUUUUCAAGAAGUAUCAGGACCUUAAAAAUCUGUAUCUUCAGAAUAAUAGAAUAAGAAAUGUAUCAGAACAUGCUUUCAGGGGUUUAUACAACUUGACAAAGCUGUAUCUGAGUCACAACAAGAUAACCUUUUUAAAGCCUGGUGUCUUUGAAGAUUUGAAUAAACUUCAGUGGCUGAUAAUUGAAAAUAACAGGAUCAGUAGAAUCUCUCCAUUGAGUUUCUAUGGACUCAAGUCACUUAUUCUCCUAGUGCUGAUGCAUAAUUCUCUUUCUCGCUUACCUGAUAAAUCUCUGUGCCAAUACAUGCCCAGACUGAACUGGCUAGACUUUGAAGGCAACCAUAUACGUAACCUUAGAAACAUCACUUUCAUCUCCUGCAGCACUUUAACUGUACUGGUGAUGAGAAGAAAUAAAAUCAGCUCUUUAAAUGAAAAUAGCUUUUCCUCUCUCCAGAAGUUAGAUGAACUAGAUCUGGCUAACAACAAGAUUGAAUCACUUCCUCCAUAUCUAUUUAAGGAUCUGAAGGAGCUCUCACAACUGAAUUUGUCCUAUAAUCCCAUCCAGAAAAUACAAGCAGACCAGUUUGAUUACCUAAAAAAACUCAAAUCCCUCUUGGAAGGCAUUGAAAUCACAAAUAUCCAAAGAAGAAUGUUCAAGCCCCUUAGAAAUCUCUCCCACAUAUAUUUUAAGAAAUUCCAGUACUGUGGAUAUGCCCCUCACGUGCGCAGCUGUAAACCAAAUACCGAUGGAAUUUCAUCGUUUGAAAAUCUCUUGGCAAGCAUUAUACAGAGGGUGUUCGUCUGGGUUGUGUCUGCUGUCACUUGCUUUGGAAAUAUCUUUGUUAUCUGCAUGCGACCUUAUAUCAGGUCUGAGAACAAGCUCCAUGCCAUCUCAAUAAUGUCCCUGUGCUGUGCUGACUGUCUGAUGGGAAUAUAUUUGUUUGUGAUUGGAGCCUUUGAUCUUAAAUUCCGUGGCGAAUACAACAAGCAUGCUCAAUUGUGGAUGGAUAGUACCCAAUGCCAGUUGGUGGGAUCACUGGCUAUUCUGUCCACAGAGGUCUCAGUUUUACUUCUGACUUACCUGACUUUGGAAAAAUACAUCUGCAUAGUUUACCCUUUUAGGUGCUUGAAGCCAGGAAAGUGCAGGGCAAUCUCCAUCUUGAUUCUCAUCUGGAUUAUUGGGUUUGUGGUUGCUUUUAUUCCACUGAGCAAUAAGGAAUUUUUCAGAAACUACUAUGGCACCAACGGCGUCUGUUUCCCGCUUCAUUCAGAACAGGCAGAAAGUACAGGAAGCCAGAUCUAUUCUGUUGUUAUUUUCUUAGGUGUAAACUUGGCAGCUUUUAUCAUCAUUGUGUUUUCCUACGGAAGUAUGUUCUAUAGUGUUCACCAAACAGCUAUCACAGCAACUGAAAUCCGGAAUCAUAUUAAAAAAGAGAUGACCCUUGCAAAACGCUUUUUCUUCAUUGUAUUUACUAAUGCACUGUGCUGGAUACCCAUUUUUAUAUUGAAGUUGCUUUCUUUACUUCAAGUGGAAAUACCAGGUACUAUAACUUCCUGGGUGGUGAUUUUUAUACUGCCAAUAAACAGUGCUUUGAAUCCUCUCCUCUACACUCUGACUACAAGGCCUUUCAAAGAAAUGAUACACCAGGUUUGGCAUAAUUACAAACAAAGAAGAUCCAUAGGAAGCAAGAGCAGUCAGAAGACACAUGGUCCAUCAUUCAUCUGGGUUGAGAUGUGGCCAAUGCAAGAAAUUACACCCAACUCAACAAAGCCUGUUCUUUAUACAGACUGCUCUGAAACAUCAGUUUCACAGUCAACGCUAUCAACCAGACUGAAUUCAUACACAUAAGUAUUUUGAAUAUUUACAGUGAAAUUUGCAGUCAGCUUCACAGAUGUGGAUCUAUUGCUUUAUAGCAGUGAGGAAAACAAGAGGGAAGUUAUAAAAUAUUGGUUCACACUAGUGACAGCCCAAAAGUCAAAUUGAAAAAAAAGAUGACAAAAGCUUGUGGGCUAACAGGGCUGGUUGCAAAAACAAUUUUCCUGUCAUGAGAAUUUUUGAGAUUUGGAAAAUUUUCAGUCCUGAAUCAGGAUGAAAAUGCAAUCUAAAAAAUAAGAACAACUUGUGAAUCAAUAACCUGAGGAUAUCUUGAAUUAAGGCUAAUGAGAUCAGUUUUAUUUAAAUAUUUUUAAAUGCUGUUAAUUAUAAUCUUUUUAUUCUUUUUUACAAAACAAAAAGAAAUUAAAAAUCCUAACCAGCUCUAUUUAGGUUACAAACAUUUUUGAAGAGAUGUAGGGAGCAACAGCCAUAGGGAAAAUACAUUUAUAUUAAUGAGUUAGUUUUUACUUUUGGCAGGAGCAGAAGACAAACAAGAGAUUAAAACUUAGUGUCACAUCUACCUUUCAAAAUUCUAAAAUGUAAUAUUGUUAAGGUGUUCAUCAAGCCCUUGGGAGAUGCCUUAUUGUCACUCUGGGAAAUUAAGUUCAACAUUUAAGUACCCUUAAAAAGUUGGCUUGGGUCCUGCCUAGCUUUGUAAAUAGGUGUGAUCCUACAGGUGGUCUUACACUAAACUACCAUAGUUUUGAUGCCAGAGCUGCUCAGUGUCCCAGCUUAUGCGCAGAUACCAUCAGGAACUCAAACUAGGCAUUCCAUGCCUCCUGUACCAACAAAGCCCAAGAAGCAGGGGCAGCCUCAAUUACACCAACCAAAGUGAGCCCUGUAAAAACAGACAAGCACAAGACUUCCAAGUAUGCAUCCAAUCUAUUCAGCAUCCCAGUGGUGAGAGUACUUUCUUCAAAUGUGGGUGACUUUGCUCCUCCCACUCUACCUGAUUUGGAACAGGAACUUGAAGCUUGGUCCCUCGCAUCUGGAAAUUGCCAAACACGCUAGUCUAAUGGGUAUUCUAGAAAGUUUCUUAAUUUCUCUUGGUGAAGUUCUGUUUCGCAUAGAAUAAGCACUGAAGCAGGGAAUUGUAAACACUUUCCCACAUCUCUGGUAAAGGCCCUAAUCACUAGUCAACAGAGUCAAUCUCUUGCUUUUUUGUCUCUAUUGAGCAAAAACUAUGACUCUGCCCAGAAUACUGAACAGCCUACUGCUAGGAAACUCGUGUCAGAUACCUGGAUUUAAGACUCUACUCCAAAUCCGAGUUCACUUACUGCUGGUCUAUUGAGCAUAAAAAGGAGGGAUCUUUCAUAAUAAGACUGAGUUAGCUUAGCCACCCAACUCCAGGAGAAAAUUCACAGCUGGACAGGCCAGGCUAGAGUGCUUGUUUUUUGACAGAUGUGCCUACUCCUCUCCCCCAUGGCUAACUUAGCUCCCCUCAGUACUUCCCCAAUUUAUUUUAAUCCUGGAUUUUAGGGCCAUAUAGGUACAUAGAUACAUUACAGGGCACCACUGCAGAGGGGUAGUUGAAGCACAUUAGCUCCCUAACCAAACAGUAGCAUAUGGCUGCAUUACAGCCAGCAUUGCACAUAAACUAAUAAGCCCACACUGCUUCCAGCUGUAGAACUAACAAGGAUCAUCUCUGCACAAUACUGCCUUGUGCCACAUGGACACACUAAGUCUCUGCAAUGCAGAGUGCCUAGGUGCCUAAAUUGGAGGUGUGAAUUUUAGUGGGGAAUAGAGCACUUAAGAAGUGCGUAUUGCAAUGUUUAGGUCCCUUUGUGGAUACAGUCCUCUAUUUUCAUGAACAGAGAGAUUAAUUCAGAGUCAGGCAGCUCCCAACAAUGUUUCUUUUGCAGUAUUUUCCUGAAGUUUUACAGAUAGGUUAUUUGCAGAGUACUGGACACAAGACGAAAAUGAGUCCUCUCUCUGAAUAUUCACAAAGGUUCAAAGAUGAGCUCACAUUUUUAUGAGAUCCCAACUGAUACAAACAGGCUUUUCCUUCUACUCAUAAGACGCACUUUUCAAGUUCCAUACAACGGAGACUGCUGGCUCAGGGGACUAACUCAUUUUAGCCAUGUGAGUUCAUUGGACAGAAGGGCAGAAAUGCAUUUUUGCAACAAAAAAAAUUGAAACUUAUUUAAAAAAGGUGAGAAUGUGUUUUUAAAACAUUUGCACUUAACUUAUUACAAAAGUAAGAUGUAGAAUAAGAAGUGUGCAAUUCACACUUCACUGUUUACAGAAUCUUGGGAGUAUCUUGAAUAAAAUACAAAACAGUUUAAGUUUCCAUUACUGUACAUGUUGUUUUAUUUGGAAGAAAGCAUUACUUGUUGGUCAACGUGAACAAUUUCCUUUAAAAAAAAAAAAAGAUAGCCAAUACAACUACCUUUUUGCUUUUCAGUAUUUUCCACCUACAUGCUUACAGAGUAAGAGCAUUGUGCCAGGUUCAAUCUGUUGCCGGUUAUAUAGAGAUUGGUUACCUUAUAACAUCAUUCAGCAUAACAAUCUACUAUGUAAUGAAGUGUUCCUCAAUUAGCUGCCAGAAGCAGUGUAGGAGAAGCAGCCAUCAGAAAACUACUGGGACAAGCUUUAAAAAAAAAAAAAAAAAAAAAAAAAAAAAAA